AUGGAUAAGAAGCAAAGGCAAUGAGCGACGCACAGAGCCAAGAAAAUGGCGUUUCUCUCUCCUUCCCCGACGCAGAAACCACAGUCUCAGUAUCUUCGCAACUACCCAAAGAAAUUUUCUCACUAUACUCCUCUGCUACACCGGCCGCCGCCGCAGAUCAGAUGUUCAGCUUUCAGUGACAGCUCGAAUGCCAAGGAAAGCACAUCUGAAUUCAAGGAAAUAAGAAAUGUAGCUUGUGGGAUUCUUGCUGCUUGGGCAAUCAGUGCUGUUUCACCUGUUAUUGCUGCCAGUCAAAGGUUGCCUCCUUUAUCGACAGAGCCAAACAGGUGUGAGCGUGCUUUUAUUGGCAACACGAUAGGUCAAGCUAACGGUGUUUAUGACAAACCACUCGAUCUGCGCUUUUGUGAUUACACGAACGAGAAAACCAACCUCAAGGGGAAGUCUCUCUCAGCAGCACUUAUGUCAGACGCCAAGUUUGAUGGUGCAGACAUGUCUGAAGUUAUAAUGUCAAAAGCUUAUGCAGUUGGAGCUAGCUUUAAGGGCACAGACUUUUCCAAUGCUGUUCUUGAUCGCGUUAACUUUGAGAAGGCCGACCUGCAAGGAGCUUCGUUUAAGAACACAGUGCUAUCUGGAUCCACUUUCAACGAUGCUCAUCUUGAAAACGUAGUCUUUGAGGACACCAUCAUCGGCUACAUUGAUCUUCAGAAGCUCUGCACAAACAAAACAAUCGACGAAGAAGGAAGGGCUAACUUAGGAUGUCGAUAGCCUCGUGUUAUGACCUCAAUGGGAGGGAGAGACAUAUAUAUCAUCUGAAGUUUUGCUACAGUGAGUAUAACUAAAUGAUGAAUGUGAAGGAAAAUUUGAAUUGAAUUGAAUUGCUUCAGUUCUUUGUGUUUACUGUAAAACCUUGCUUCAGAUUCAAUUUGUUCUUCUAUAUGUAAUUCAUUCUAUACAUUUGCUCCCCUUGAGGAGAUAGAUGAUGAGUAAUAAUAGAUAAGAAUGCUCUUGAAAAACUCCAAA